GCCGAUUUUGUGUAAAAAGUUUUACAAAAGAAAAGUAGCUUGGGGGCAUUUUGUGAUUGUUAAUAAACAAAAAAGAAAAAAAGCGCAAAGCAGUUUGAAAUAAUAAAUUACACCAAUAAAAAUGGCACAGAUUUUUGUGGACGACGAAAAUGCUGGCACGCAUGUGCUUUCGAGAUCGAACAGAAAAGUAAUGGGCGACAAUGCGUCGGCAAGGAAGAUGGUGCUGAGCAAACUGGACAAUGUGAUGUACAACAACAACAAGCCGAAUAUAACGCCAUUUAAAGGCGCCUUUCAAAUUGUUCGACCCACAAGUUGCGCGCCAAAACUUUCGCUUUGCAAGGAAACGCUACAAAAACAACACCGCAAGCAACACAACAACAACAAGAAUGCACUGCAUCCCAUCGAUGGACUUUCAAAAGGAGAUAUCAAUAGCGAUGUAGUUCCUAAAUGUGGUAUUUAUGCCAAGUCUGCAGCUGCCAAAGACAACUUUGAUCUAUUCGAUUUAAUGGACUUUCCCAGCGAAAAUUGUUUAAACAAUUGCCACAAACCCAUAUCCCAAAACUGGUCGGAACCAUUCCUAAGCGAAGAUCUUAUAGAUAAACUUCUAAACCAUUCAGGGGAUUCGGAGGAGGAAAUCCUUAAUAAUAAUGAUGUAUGCCCUUAUCCGAAUUUGUACAAGAUUGACUCGGAGCUUGAACCUAUAAAAUAUAAGAGCUAUGUAGCUGAAGAUAAUAUAACUGAUAUUUUAGAUAUCCCAUUGCCAUUGCCAAUUGUAUUUGAUCCUGAUUUUGAUUUAUUCUAAAGCCAAAACUCUUUAGUUUAGUUACGUUAAGUUUAGUUUAAGCUAUAAAUGAAUUGUUAAAGUGUAGUAAAUUUAUGUUAAGUGUCUUGUCUUUUGAUGUGUAUUAAAAUGUUUUUAAUGUAUCUAGAUGUUAAGAUAUUGAAGAUCUAAUGUAUCACAAAAAACCCCAAUAAUAUUAAGCAAUUUUAUUAGUUAUGUUGUCGCAUUUAAUCAAUUGUCUUAGUUGUUAAUAAAGUUCAACAAAGGAUUAACA